AUGGAGCUGCUGCACCCAGGCGAGCAAGCGACCCAAUCGAUGGACAACGGCGAGCACCACCGCGACCCGCUGCUGCAGCAGGCAGUCGCAUUUGCAGGACAAGGACAGAGCCAGCAUACUGCGGCUGUGGCUGCGGCUGCGGCUGUGGCUGUGGCUGCAAGGACAGACCAGGCCGAGACCUCCGACGCGCGCCAUCAUUCAGCAUCGCUGACGACGACGAAGAGUCGAUUGCCCAGCUCAUGGCUGCGCAAGGCAACUGCAGCAGCCAAUCCCAAUGAUGCACACCCAAUCCCAAUGAUGCACACCAAGCCGCAACAACAACUACCGCAAACCAUGCUCGCAGGCAUACCUCAGGCUGCCAGUGGCGGCAAUACUAGCGUUAUUUCAAUAGCAUCGUCAUCGACAAGCACGGCAAGUACAAACAAACGGUACUUUUUGAGCGACCAGUUGGAAUUGCUCGAGUCGUUUUACGAUCAGAACAAGUUCCCAAAGCCCUCGGACGAAGAGGCGCUCGCCGCGAAAAUGGACGAGUCUCGCGCUAGGAUUCAACAGUGGUUUCGGAAUCGACGCGCAAAAGAGCGCCGCACGCAGCGGCUGGGAGAUGCCAGUACGUCGAGUGAACCUGCGCCAACGUGCUUGGAUCUCAUGCAUGCUUCGUUGGACGAGGAAAACGCAUCGCUUCGGCAGCAAUUGCGUACGCUGUGGAACUCGUUCGAGUUCUACGUUCCAGAGAGCCAGCAAGCGAGGUUGCCGAUCGUCAGCAUUCCGUCCGGCUUGUUGGAAGACAUGGCAGAGGGAGGGGCGGGAGGGCCGAGUGUCGUGGGUGGCGCGCGACCGCCGUCUUUACUAUCAGCCACGUCAUUGGCCCCUUCUUCAGGAUUUGCCAGUGCGCGAAGCACAAGCAGCAUGGAACCCCUUUCAAGCGCACCGAUUCCGCAGCCUGGCGGCAGCAGUACAUUCGAGUUGCGGUUGCCAGCCUGGUCCUCCUCCUCCUCUGCCUCCUCACUUAAUUCAGGUCUUUCUCCCGUCGUCCCAUCCAAGCGACGGCAUAGCGGUGCUGCGGACGAUGCGAGCGGGUCUGCUGUCGCUGACGCUGCGUUCGCUCAGUAUUCAAGUCCUUCUCUGUCUGUCGCCGCCGGUGCUACGGACAGUUCUUCUCACGAUGCUCCUGUCUCAUAUUCGGGCGAAACCACGGGAACUGCACCUGCUGGCAGCUCAAGUGUUGGUUACCGACGCAGGCUCUCUGCGCUCACCCAUCCUUCGCACUCCAGCGUUCCCACGCUCACCAUUACUGUCGAGCAUCUGGGAGCUGAGAGUAUACAUCAUGGCUCUGCGGCAGCAACAGAGUCUUUGUCCGCAUCGACCGCUCUGCCAGAGCCUGAUCGCACGGCCGUUGCAGACAGCGGCGACCCAAACAAGCGAAUCCGGCUCGACCCGCUUCUCACCAGUUAG